AUGGAGAAAGCUAUGAAUCGCACUACCACCUCGUUGGAAGUCAACGAAGGUGCCAUGGCCGCAACCGAGAUGAAAGAUGAAAAGACGGGUUUGAACUACAGCGUCCCUAAGAAGGGUCUCGUUUCUGCUUCCUACAAUGCUUAUCUUGGUGAUGAAGUUCCCACUGAAGAGGAGCUGAGCGGCCCAAAUGCCCUGCGUCGUAUUUCUGCCCCAAUUCCCUGGGCCGUCUACACUGUCGCCUUUGUCGAGCUGUGCGAGCGUUUCUCGUACUAUGGAACUCAAGUCCUGUACUCCAACUUUGUGAACCAUUCUUUGCCUCUUCCCUAUCCCUAUGGCCCUGCUGGUUCUAACCACAACACUGGAGCUGGUGGCGGCACUUCUGAAGGUGUCUCUGGAGCUCUGGGAAAGGGCAGCCAGGUUGCCAAUGGAAUCAACACGUUCAAUACUUUCUGGUGCUACGUGAUUCCUUUGUUCAGUGCCUACAUUGCUGAUGAGUACUGGGGCCGAUACAAGACCAUUUGCUGGUCGAUCGGAGCGGCCAUCCUCGGUCACAUCAUUCUGGUCAUCUCUGCCAUUCCCCCGGUUAUCACCAACACCAACGCUUGCUUUGGCGUCUUCAUGUUGGGUGUCAUUGUGAUGGGUCUCGGUACUGGUGGUUUCAAGCCCAAUAUUUCUGCCCUCGUUGUCGAGCAGAUUCCUGCUACCAGCAUGAAGGUCCGCACUCUUCCCUCGGGUGAGCGUGUGAUUGUCGAUCCGACUAUCACCCAGAGCCGAAUCUACCACUACUUCUACCUGUUCAUCAAUAUCGGUGCUCUGAUUGGGCAAAUCGGCAUGGCUUAUGCUGAGAAGUAUGUUGGAUUCUGGCUUGCCUACUUGCUGCCCACCCUCAUGUUCCUGACUACUCCCUUCAUCAUGUGGUGGGGACGCAACCGUUACCGCCAGGCUCCUCCUCAGGGCUCGGUCACUUCCAAGGCUGUGCGAGCAUUCUUCUUCGCUCUGAAGGCCCGCUUCUCCUGGAACCCGAUUGCUUUCUGGAAGCGCACUCAUGACGGUACUCUCUGGGAGACCGUCAAGCCUUCCAACAUCCCUCCAUCUCUCCGCCCCCACUGGAUGACUUUCGACGAUGCCUGGGUUGAUGAGGUUCGCCGUGGUUUCUCCGCCUGUGCCGUAUUCUGUUACUACCCUCUGUACUGGCUUGCAUACGGACAGUUGACCAACAACCUGACGACCCAGGCUUCUACCAUGACCCUGCACGGCGUGCCCAACGAUGUUGUCAACAACCUCGACCCCUUCGCUCUGAUUCUUUUCAUCCCCAUCUGCGAUCAGCUCUUGUAUCCUGCUCUACGCAAAGCUGGCUUUAGAUUCACCGCCAUCAGGAAGAUCACCUUUGGUUUCCUCCUGGCCGCACUGGCGAUGGUCUGGUCCGCCGUCCUACAGUACUACAUUUACAAGACCUCGCCCUGUGGAUACAACGCCAACAGCUGUACCAAUGCGGAUGGUAGUAUCAAUCCCACGCCGUUGAACGUCUGGAUCCAAACUGGCGCUUACGUAUUGAUCGCUUUCUCCGAGAUUUUCGCCUCCAUCACCUCACUCGAGUACGCAUACUCCAAGGCCCCGGUCAACAUGCGCUCUCUAAUUCAGGCCAUCUCCCUCUUCACCAACGCCAUCUCGUCGGCUAUUGCCGAGGCCCUGAACCCGCUGUCCGCAGACCCUCUGUUGGUCUGGAACUACGGUGUCUUCGCCGUGCUGGCGUUCGUCGGCGGUAUCCUUUUCAUCAUCCAGUUCUGGGGCUUGGAUCAAGAAGAAGAGACCCUUAACAAUCUGCCCGCUGGCCGUGUCGAGGCAGAUGAGAAAAUCGCCGAUCGCGCCAUGUUCGACGCCGCCGAGAUUGGCCCUGCUCGUGGUUAA